AUGAAGUUCGCUAUCAUCCCCCUCGCUUUGGCAACCGCUGCCUCGGCCACUCCCAUCAAGAUUGUUGAAGAGAUUAAGCAAGCUGUCGGCUGGCACAAGAAGGGAGGCAAGGGCAGCUGGGGCUCGUCCGGACCUUUCGACUUCACUUCGACUUACGAUGUGAUCGCCACACCUGACCAGGUCGUCGACAACAACAACACCUUCACUGGUGGACUUGCAGGCGCCAUUGGCUACUUCAACUACGGCAUCAACUCCAAGGAGAAUGUCAUCUGCUACAACAUCACCCUGGUCAACUUCCAGGGCGAGUACCAGUCUCCUGCCCGCACGGCCACCCACAUUCACCAGGCAGAGAAGGGCAAGGCAGGCCCCCCUCGCAUCGCAUUCCCUAACCCGGUCGCUGUCGAGGGAUACCAGAACGUCCGCCGCAGUGUCGGUUGCUUGACCGGCCCCUUCGUCACCGGCGUCAACGCUACCGGUGUCGACACUGGCGCAGGCUUCAAGGUCAGCCAGAUUGAGGAGAACCCCGAGGGAUUCUUCACCGAUGUCCACUCCAGCCUUGCCGUACCUGGUGCUGUUCGCGGCCAGCUCAGCGGCGACGAUAAGAAGGACUGCCCCGAGGACAAGAACUAG